AUGAGCAACUUGAACUCCAAUUUAUUGCAAAACAUGUCGUUUGUGCGCCCUGAGUACUUCUACAUCAGUGGAUUUUCUGGAAUACCAUUCACCAAAUAUUACUUCAUUUUCUUGUUUUUCACUUAUAUCAUUGCUGUUUUUGGGAACUCAUUUGUAAUUUUUAUUAUACUGACUGAUCGAAGUCUACACAUUCCUAAAUACAUAGGAAUCUUUUGGUUAGCUUUGGCUGAUUUUGGUGAAACAAAUGCACUGAUUCCAAACCUAAUGAAGACCUUUCUUUUUGAUUCACAGUACAUAUCCUAUGAGGCUUGUUUGGCAAACAUGUUUUUUGUUUUUUUCUUCAGUAAUGUACAAGCCUUAACUCUUGUUGUCCUGGCGUAUGAUCGCUUUAUUGCCAUUUGCUUGCCCUUAAGAUAUCAUGCCAUUGUAAAUAACUCCAUAAUGUCAGUGGCUUUAUUUAUAUCAUGGUCAUUUUGCACUGCUUUGGUUGGUACAACAGUGGCUUUGAUCACUCGACUUUCUCUCUGUAAAUCAAAUGUAGUAAAAAGCUAUUUUUGUGACCAUGGGCCAAUUUAUACAAUAGCUUGUAAUGACAACACCAUAAAUUCAGUUAUGGGAAAACUUUGUACUGUGUUAUUCCUCUAUGCACCUUUGAUUGCCAUAGUUGUAUCAUAUUUAGGUAUUUUGCUUGCAUUAUGUAGGAUUACAACAUGGGCAGGACGGCUUAAAGCACUGAAGACUUGUGUCUCUCAUCUGUUAGUAGUAGGAGUAUUUUUCCUUCCUUCAAUAAGUACCAACAUCGCUACACUGUUUUUUACUAUUCAUCCCAAUGCUAGAAUAAUAAAUACAUCACUUUCGCUGGCCAUUCCACCCAUGUUAAAUCCUAUCAUUUAUGUUCUAAACACAAAAGAAUUUAAAGACUUCAUACUCAAAAUGCUCAAAAAAAGAGCAGGGUCCAGGGCCAGGGUUUUAGCAAAGUGA